AUGAACGAGGAGAUUAAGAGACUGCGAGCAAUUGCGAGCCAAGAGCGGUUGACUGGAAGUCCUUCGUUGUACGCCGACGCCCGGUACUCGCCUCACGAACUCGAUCAAGCCAACCUUGUCGGCGCUGCUGUGCGAGACGAAGGUUCCAUCCUCAUUUCCCCGCUCCCUCAAUUCACCACCAAGUUCAACACCACCAUCUCGAUGUUCAAACCCCUGCCGGAUCUCGAAGAAACCGAUGAGGAGGAAUACGAGGAUGAUGAUGACGAUGAAGAAGCGAGCGAAGAAUCCGAGGUUUCUGAUAUCGAGAAGGCGAAGUCACAGCCUUCGGCAGCCAAGUAUCAGCCUACUGCCGCAGUGCUUAUCCCCGCUGUCUGCAGUCAUCCACGACACCCUCAUUCCUGUGGCUGCGUUGCCCCUGCUGUUCCGUCUGACGAUCUAACCAAGUCUCGGACGACUAUGGCACGCGCCAGCUCUGAACAAUUGUCCUCUGCCCCUCGCGUCGAGACGAUAAAGCAGGAAGAACGUGCCUUCCAGAUCCCCAGCCCCAGUGGAAUCUCGAGAACUGCUCCGUACGCCGAACGUCGAUCACGGUCUCAUUCCAUCCCGAGUCAGGGUUCUAGUAGCCGGACACCAUCUUCUAGCCGACCUUCCUCUCGUUCUGUUUCUCCCGCUCGACCUCCUGUUCCAUCUCGACCUGCUGUGCAACGCUCAGCCCCUUCCUAUGAGGCUUCCGGUCAGAGGUCCGCUGAUAACGACGGCCUUCGAUCGCGUCUUCAUAACAUUCUCGCCGAUUCCUCGUCAUCAUCUCCGCCAAAGGCCACGCUAUCAUACUCGACGUCUGUGAGAGAGAACAGCCGCUCUGCGCGCGAGGAAAGGAGGAGAUCCACUUCCAGAUCCCCGUCUCCCUCUUCUUCUGGGUCCCGAAGGCAGACUAGCCAGAUUCGGCCCUCUCAGCAGCAGCAGACGACGAGCACGACCGAUCAGUUCUCUAGGCUAUUGGCAUCUCAUCAGCACGCUUCUUCGGGGAUUGCUGCCCCUCUUUCCACAUCGCCUAAUCCUCGAACGAGCAGUGCUAGCGAUGCGGCACGGGCCCUGGAACAGAGCAAACGGGAACGACAGCAGGCCGAUAGGGAACGCCGGAUGGCAGGGCAAACCGAGCGAAGCUAUCCCGAUCGAGAGACCGAGCGGAUGCGCCACACUCCUCACCCUCAUGCGGCAGCGUCCCAACGCGAUCCUGUUUCGUCGACUUCUCAUAGCACGUCAACGUCCGCCUCUGGCACUCGUUCGUACACUCAAGUCAGCCCAUCGAAAGCGAUGCCUGUACCUUCUUCGACUCGCGACUCCAGCCAAACUCAGUCUCAAUCUCAGCAUCCGCACCAGCAUUAUCAGUCUCGGCAUCAUACCAGUUACUCUCAAUCUCAUGCACCUUAUGCCCCCAACGCCCCUGGGCUCUAUGUCUAA